AUGCAGACAGGUUACGAAUUCCUCCUGAAAACUCUGGGCUACUACUACGAACAUGAGCCUUUGCGAACUAAUACAAGCUUGCUGUUCUUAACCAGACUUAGGCGACAAUCUAAGGCUCCGAAUUCAGCUAACUUUAUGAAAAGAAUAUUUCUAGAGGAGAGGCCAUCUCACCAUAGGAAAGGUAUUCCUGCCGAAAAAUUAUUGCCGAAACAGGACUCAGAUUUGGCAGUUCCGGCAAAGCAGCGUAAACAGGAGUUCGACGAGGAUUGUUGCACACACUUCAAGCAGUCACCGGCAAAAGGAGAUGAAUUCAGCAGUGAGUCCUCGCUUUCGCAGCACAUCAGUUUACCUGGUACGAUAUCCAUGGGUGUUGAGUGUGCAUCACGUCCAACUACGCCGACGAACAACAACUCAGUGCUGAGCGAAGCAUAUCCAGUUGGGACCUGCAACUGUGGAUCGAUUGGAGCUCAGUCACCAGUACGUCUUCGCUGGAAUCUGCGCCCAUGCAGUGUUCGUCCUCUGAGCGAUGUUUAUCCAUACGGUUUCACUUUGCACACAUUUUACUCACCUCAGGAAAAGAAAUUUUAUAGUCUUGACAUUCGCUCUCACUCUGUCGAUGAUCUGUCGAAUACUAACUUUACUACCCAUAACGACGCGAAACGAACUUGUUUAAGCGACGGAUAUUUGAGCAGCAGUUACAGUAGCAGCACUCUGUACUACUUCGCGAAGGGAAUGGCCACUCCCAUGAGUAGUAGCUCGUCCUCGCACAGCCGCUCACCGGACGUGACCGCUAAGGACAGUAACAACAACGAACUGCAGGACUCGAUGAAAAUCAUGAAAUGGUCUAUCGAUUCUCUUGAAGAGAACUCAGGUUUCAAAUGUUCGACGUCCAUUGACCGGGCUAGCAUCGACUCCGAUGACCAUAUCUGA